AUGGACUCGGACGAUGACAUGCUCUCCAACCUCUCCAGCGACGACGACGUCCUGCAGGAUGAAAGCGACAACUCUGCUGAUGAUGGUUUCGAUUUCGAGGAGGAGCCCGACACCGAACUACCCGGCCAGAGCGACUUCAGUCCGAAGAAAAAAGUCUCGUAUGACUUGACGUACAAGGUCUACGAGCCACAAGACAUCCAGAGGCAGCAGGACGAGCUGAUCGACGAGGUGAACAUGAUCCUCGAGCUGUCCAAGGAGGAUGCAGCCAUACUGCUUCGCUACUUCCGCUGGAACAAGGAGAGACUGAUCGACGACUACAUGGACAAGCCCAGGAAGGUCCUCGAGGCUGCUGGGCUUGGGCCCGGUUCCAGUGCAGGCCCGCAGCUCGAGGCCAGGCCGGGCUUCAUGUGCGAGAUAUGCUGCGAGGACGACGACGACCUUCAAACGUUUGCCAUGAAGUGUGGCCACCGCUACUGUGUGGAUUGCUAUCAACACUACCUGACACAGAAGAUUCGUGAGGAGGGCGAGGCUGCACGGAUACAGUGCCCAUCGGAUGGUUGCCAUCGAAUCCUCGACGCUCGAUCCCUGGACAUACUGGUCGCCCAGGACCUGCAGAACCGAUAUCGACAGCUCCUGAACAGGACGUACGUGGAGGAUAGCAGCACGCUGAAGUGGUGUCCUGCCCCUGAUUGCGAAAACGCCAUAAAUUGUGGCAUCAAGAAGAAGGACCUGGACAAGGUCGUGCCUACUGUUGCCUGCUCUUGUGGCCACCGCUUCUGCUUUGGCUGCAUCCUCAACGACCACCAACCUGCACCUUGCGAAUUGGUUAAGCGGUGGCUCAAGAAGUGUGCUGACGAUAGCGAGACCGCCAAUUGGAUUUCCGCAAACACCAAGGAGUGCCCCAAAUGCAACUCCACCAUUGAGAAGAACGGCGGUUGCAACCACAUGACAUGCAGGAAGUGCAAGUAUGAGUUCUGCUGGAUGUGCAUGGGCCUGUGGUCGGAGCAUGGUACCAGCUGGUACAACUGCAAUCGGUUCGAGGAGAAGAGUGGCACCGAUGCACGCGAUGCUCAAGCCAAGUCGCGUGUGUCACUUGAGCGGUACCUGCACUACUACAACAGGUAUGCCAACCAUGAGCAAUCCGCACGCCUAGACAAGGACAUCUAUCAAAAGACGGAGAAGAAGAUGAUCCAGCUACAAACGGCGUCAGGCAUGUCCUGGAUCGAGGUGCAAUACCUGAACUCCGCGUCACAGGCUCUUCAGACCUGCCGGCAAACACUCAAGUGGACCUAUGCCUUUGCCUUCUACCUCGCCCGCAACAAUCUUACUGAGAUCUUCGAAGACAACCAGAAGGACCUGGAGAUGGCAGUCGAGGCGUUGUCGGAGAUGUUUGAGAAGCCUAUCCCAGAGCUGUCCGACCCGAAACUGAAGGUCGAGAUCAUGGACAAGACUGCAUAUUGUAACAAGAGACGAGUCAUUCUCCUAGAUGACACCGCCGAGAACCUUGCGAACGGCAAGUGGAAGUUCAAUGUCGACCUUCACGCCCCCGGACCCGCAACAGCCAGCAACAGCGGUCAACGAUAG